AUGGUAGUACAAGACAUGUUUUACUUCAACAAGGACAUUCUUGUUAUAAAGGCUCAGAAGAAAUCACCAAUGUUGUUAAGGAUGUCUUUGUUGAUGUUUUCAAUGGUGUGUGGUGUUUUUGUAUUCUAUGUUUGUUUGAAACAAACAAGCAUUCAUGCUAGAACUAUACUUCUUGAGUUGGAACAAUUUGAGAAGCCUAAUAGGAAUAUGUUCAACCUAUUAGACUUUUCUUACCUACAUUAUCCUAAUCCUCUGACUUUUAACAGGAGUGAGUGUGCUAAAAAUCCGAUUCGUUUGUUUGCUAUAUUGACGAAUCAAAGAUCGGGAAGUGGUUGGUUUGAGACCCUUUUGAAUAGUCAUAUGAAUGUAAGCUCGAAUGGGGAGAUAUUUUCGGUUCCCGAAAGACGAGUAAAUGUAUCGACAAUAGUUAAGACUUUAGAUAAAAUUUACAAUUUAGAUUGGCUCAAUAGUGCUUCCAAGAAUGAGUGUUCUGCUGCUAUUGGCUUGAAGUGGAUGCUUAAUCAGGGAUUAUUGGAGCACCCAAAGGAAAUAGCCGAAUACUUCAACUGUAGAGGUGUUUCUGUCAUUUUUCUUUUCCGCAGAAACUUGUUACGCCGAGUGGUAUCGAGGCUUGCCAAUUCCUACGACCGUUAUGCUAAGCUAUUGAAUGGCACUCAUAAGUCUCAUGUUCAUUCUAAAGAAGAGGCUGAUACGCUUUCAAAGUACAAGCCUACCAUAAAUUCGUCGUCGUUGCUGGCUGAUCUGAAUGAUAUGGAGAGAAAAGCUGCAACAGCGUUAGAAUACUUCAACACCACACAACAUAUGAUUUUGUACUACGAGGAUCUUAUCAGAAAUCGAACCAAGCUAAAAGAGGUGCAAGAGUUUUUAGGAUUGCCGGUAAUGGAACUAACGAGCCGUCAAGUAAAGAUACAUAAAGGACCAUUAUCAGAACACAUUAAAAACUGGGACGAAGUUGCCAACAAACUCAAAGGAACUUCUUACGAGAGUUUUCUACAAGCCGAUUAUUCAUCAUAA